AUGGCCACCAGUCGUUGGAUCGAGAGGGUGCAGGACGGUAACAGACACAAGAAUCCUGGGAUAUGGCAUGAUCGAAAUAUUGGCCCAUUGGUUAAAGGACAAACAUUGAUUACCAACGUCACUGGUCUAUCAACGGAAAAUGACGAGGACAACUUUCGUAUUGCUCUCGACUUUGUGACCACCAACUUGGACUACGCUGUCAAGGCCGGUCCCAGCGCAGACCCGAGUGCUAUAGACAGACAAAUCAAGGGUCAUGCUCGAAAGGCUCGUAUCAACUCUCAAGACACUUUAGCUGAUGCCUUAGAAACAUCCUACGCAAGACUGAAAAACCACUUGGAAGAGACCAAGGACCUUGACCAGGAGAUUCAGCUAUCCCAUCUUCCGGAUCAUGUCCGGUUAUUGCUGCAACUUGCGCAACCGCCAUCUCAGGCAGCUUUGGAUCAUGCUUCACAAAGUCUCGCAAAUACUCGCAAUCCUCCACCGCCACCGGCUACCUUGACUUGGAAAGAUAUCCUCGCUGAGGAGCCAUUCGAGGGUGAACAUUGGGAAGGAGUAUAUGGCUUACCUCCUGGAAGCACCGUAGAGGGGUGGGAAACCCACAGCAUCGAAAGCACGCCGCCACUCUCGCCCCUGGGCUCCGACGAGUUUCAGGAUCUUGAACGGUCUCAGUCCUCGCUCGAGUCACCCUUUUGCCCAGAGCCUCCAUCACCAGUGGCACUUGAUGCAAGCAACGGAAAUUUGCCUAUCCUUCAUGAUCCGUAUUCCCAUCGUCGAGACGUAGAGGAACUUCAAGAUAGGCAAUACUUUAGGGCCGAUUGGCGGACAGAUACUUCCCUAACCGCGCCUUUCGAUCUGGGAGAUGCUGCCACACUUGGUCCAUCCAUGACUUACGCCUUGGCUGAGCACCCGACGUUGCAAAUAGACAGUCCUGGAAAAGACAGAUAUAUCCACGAACAUGACGCCAUGCGGGAGGUUUUGAUGGCGCUUCAAGGACGGAAGAAUCUACUUUUGAAGUGGACGUAUCAUGAGAAGACUAAGUUCUCAUACACGCGACCUCAUGACGCCCCCCGUCUGGUCCAUCUCACUCUUACCUCGCAAGUAUCCAUCCUGGAAUCUUUCGCUCGGACGGCUACGACUGUGGAGCAUUUGCGAAAGUUCACUGCUUGCAUCACAUCCAAAGCAUCGCAGGUGGUAGACAUCGCUACACCUCAUGCUUCUCACCUGUCUGGGUACAGUCGCCGUAUCACCCGCACUCUGGAGGCCUUGUCCGAAUCAUUGGACCGCGAACUCCAUGCUUUCGAAGCCUGGUGUGCUCAGAAAGAAGAACAGCUAUGUCUCGCUCGUGCAGGACUGGGAGAUGUGCUCGUCGUUAGCCUCCUAAGCCUCGAAAAAUCCAUCCGGGACACCUUCUCCAAUACGUUCCCCGUUUUGUUGGACGUUCUUAGGAGGGUUUUACGCCGUACAUCCCGAUCUGCUGACCCCGAAGCCGAAGUAUGGACGCUCGCAGAGCUGCCUGCUCGUAUGGCGCCCUCAUCAGUGACCACUCUCUUCCUCGACACACUCCUACUCUCUGUUCAAGAGUACAUCUCAAUGGGCGACAUUAUCACAUCUGACGCCCUCAUGCGUAUAUUUGUGGAGGCAACCGAACCGGUGUGGACAAUGGUCGGUCGGUGGUUGAGAGACGGCAUGCCGGUCCAAGACCCGUCGUUGAGACGUGGACUACAAAACUACGCAUCCCUAGACGACGAGUUCUUCAUUGAGGAUAACGAGCUCACACUUAUGGAUCCAGACUUCUGGACCGAGGGUUUCAUGAUUCGCAACCACUUCGACGAAGGGGAACACGUCAGUCGCGAUUCAUUGCCGAACUUCUUGGUACAUAUCGCCCCCCUGGUACUCAGUGCGGGCAAGGCGAUUGGGUUGCUACGUGCCCUAGAUGUACCAUUGGUCACGGAAGGCCUCCCCCAAUCCGACACCCGGUGGCCCAUGUUCCAUGAACUACUGGAAAAAGCUGCCCAAGGACUUGGAGUGAAGUCGAUAUCGCCGGACGAGCUGGAACAUGUGGUUCAUGAGAAGUUGAGAGAGCGUUGCCAGCCGGUCUCCGCUCAGGUUGCGCAGGUCGUCGGAGACGAAUGUGAUCUGUGGCUUCACCUCACUGCCAUCGAGGAUUUGUACCUCAUGAGGAAGGGAGAUGCAAUGUCUCAUUUUGCUGAUGUCUUAUUUGCUAAGAUGGACGGUCAACAAACAUGGACGGACUUCCACUUCCUCAAUAGCGCCUUUCGCGACAUCACCGACACACGUACAAAUAGGUGGAUAGAUUCAUCGCUCGUGCGGCUCUCUUAUCGUGGAUCACGAGAAAGAUCGGCCACCGGGACCGUAAAAGCGCUAGACGGAUUAUCUGUCGAGUAUGCAGCCCCGUUCCCUUUGACGUAUAUUUUUGGCCCCAAAACGAUCCAAGUAUAUGGAUCGAUACUCGUCUUCAUGCUCCAGAUCAGGCGAGCCCAGAGUGUCCUUGAUCGCAUAUUACUCUUCUAUGCAAUGAGAAGCAAGUUGUCCUGGUUUGUGAACACCCUGUUCGAUUUCAUCGCGACACAUGUUCUGCAUGCACAGCUGCUCAAGUUUCACGCGUCGUUGCGCAAAGCCAAGUCUCUUGAUGAGAUGAUCAAACUGCAUGACGAUCAUCUCAACAAGCUUGAGGGCCGAUGUCUGCUGCAAGCCAAGACGUCAGCUUUGCUACGGUCAAUUCUGUCAAUUCUCGACAUGAGCCUCUACUUCAAUGACUGCUUUGUCGCAUUCGCCGGCGACGUCACGCACGAUAUUUCCCGCCCAUCACUUACCACUAAUCGGACCCGUCAUCGCAGCCGUCGGCAACGUAGACAACGUAGGAACGUCGUUAGUUUCUUCGAUUCCAGACACGAUCUACAUGAGAGCUCAAGCUCUGAAGACGAGGACGAAGAUGAAGACCUCUUACAAGGGGCUGGCCCUGAGUCUUCGUUCACCAUGGCCUCAGCGUCAGGAUCAUUUGCGGAGGAAGGAUUCGGGACUCGGAUUGAUAAGAUGUCUUCGGAGUUGGAAGGGCUCGUCAGGUUCGUCAGGAGAGGGGUUGAAAGUCUGGCAGGUGGGGCGUCGGAGGCUGCUUCGGCGUUUGGUGUAUUCGCGUUUGCAUUAGAAGACUGGAAUUCUUAG